AUGGCAAUGGAGAAUAUGGGUAUCAAAUUAUUUCGAUUCUAUAACUUUUGGACAGAUCAUCAAGAUUUCAAAGAGGUGGUUCUGAAUAGUUGGAGGAAACCUAUUAAAGGGACUGGUUUAAGGGCUAUCUACUUGAACACUAUGAGGCUGAAGCACAGAUUAAAGAGGUUUAACAGGGACAAUAUUGGAGAUAUUGGUCUGAUUAUCAGAAGGCUAAGGUUGCUUACCAGGAUGCUCAACUUCAAGCUCAAUCUCAUCCCCGAGACUAUGGGUAUCAAGAGUAGCUUGAUAGAUAAUUUUCCUGAUGUAGUCUCUCACUUUGUGGAUCAUUUUAGAAGCUAUUUGGGAAGUCCGAGCUCAGCUACUGGUAAGAUCGAUUUACGUUGUAUUGAGAUGGGUACCAAGCUUUCGGUUGAUCAACAACUUAUUCCUUUGAAACCUUUUUCUCAUAAGGAAAUUCGAGAUGCUCUUUUCAGUAUUCCCAUCACCAAAUCCCCGGGUCAUGAUGGCUUUGGAUCAGGUUUUUUCAAGGCGUUAUGGCAGGAUAUUGGGGGUGAAGUUUGUACAGCAGUUGGUCAUUGUUUUGAAACAGAGAUAUUUCUUUCUGAACUCCAUGUUACAACUCUGUCUUUGGUCCCUAAAGUUGCUAAUCCUUCUCGGGCUGUAGACUACAGACCAAUAGCCUGUUGUUCUACAUUAUACAAGUGCAUCUCUAAGCUUUUGUGUUCUCGAUGGAUUAUGGUUUGCUUGAAAAACACUACUUACCCUUUGCUUAUGAAUGGUAGAGCUCAAGGUAGUUUCAAGGGCGAGAAAGGGCUGCGUCAGGGUGAUCCUAUGUCUCCUCUUUUGUUUGUGCUUAUCAUGGAGUAUCUUACUCGGAGCCUUCAACUAGCUGCUCACAAUUCCACUUUUAGAUUUCACCCCAUGUGUAAAAGUCUUAAACUUCUUAAUCUUUGCUUUGCUGAUGAUUUGAUUUUAUUCUGUAAGGGAACUCUUUCUGCUGUUAGAGUUUUCAAAGAGGUUCUUGAGGACUUUAGUGCUGCUACAGGACUUUCUAUUAAUGCUAGUAAAUCACAUAUUUUUUUUGGAGAAGUUAAUGCAGCAGAUAGAAGGACUAUAGCUCAUGAGAUUCAGCUCUCUGAAGGAUCAUUUCCGCUUAAGUAUCUUGGGGUGCCUAUGAAGCCAACUAAGUGGAAACAUGAAGAUUGUGACAUUAUUAUUCAAAAAAUCAGAUUGAGGCUUCAUUCUUGGACUAGUAGGCAUCUAUAUUUUGUUGGUCGAAUGCAACUCAUUCACUCAGUAUUAUUUGGGCUUCGUAAUUACUGGAUGAGUAUCUUUGUGCUUCCUCAGAGUAUUAUUAAGGAAGUGGAAAAACUCUUCCGUGGGUUUCUUUGGGGAAUAUCUGGAAGUAGAAGCAAGAUUCAUAUUGCUUCUUGGCAGAAGCAUGAUAUCCUUUGGGUCAAAUGGGUUAAUUCAAUCUAUUUGAAAGGCUCUAAUUUCUGGAACUACAAUUUAAAUCCAGAUUGCAGUUGGUAUUGGAGGAAGUUGUGCCAUAUGAGGGGAAAAUUCAGCUUGGCUGAGGUUCUAGCUGCUGGUAUAACUGGGAGGUUUAAGGCUUCGAAGCUCUACAAUAGUUCCUUAAAUCAACAGUCGAUGGGAUAUCAUCAAGCAGUUUGGUGUAAACUUUUUAUACCAAAGCAUCAGUUUCUUCUUUGGCAUGUGGUUAACUCUCAUCUUCUCACAAGGGAUAACAUGCUCCGGUUUAACAUUAAGAUGGACUGUCUGUUAUGUCCAGUGUGUGGUGAUCAAAAUGAGAGUCACACUCACCUUUUCUUUGAGUGCUGUAUUUCUAAGAAGAUUCUUGAUUUAAUCUUUGCUUGGAUGGGAUAUAGAGCUUGGCCUGGUGAGUUCACUAGCUGGACAAUUUGGAUUGCAAGUAGUAGACCUGGAAUUGUCUCUUCUGUUAUAAAUUUGAUUUUGGCCGCAGUCAUUUACUAUAUCUGGAGGAACCGAAACAGGUGUAUUUUUUUAUGGGUGUUCUUUAGCAGCUGA